AUGGGCGUCUUCUACGAAACCCUCCCACCAUCCCUCGUCACCUGGCUCCUCGAGCAGAAAGUGUUCUGGAUCGGCUCCGCCCCGCUCGCAGGCGACGGCCACAUCAACGUCUCACCCAAAGGCGUGUCCGACAAGGGCGGACCCUUUUUCGGCGUGAUCAAAGAACGACGACCAUCGUCGACCGCGACCGUGACCGGCAAACCGACGAUACAGAAUGGACAUUCCAACGGCACCGCAGACACGGACACAGAGAAUGGUAAUGACAACGAUAAAGACAAAGACAAAGAUAUCGUCAUCCGCAAGUUCUGGUACAUGGAUCUCACGGGUUCCGGGAUCGAGACGACAAGCCACCUGCACGAGCCGGGCAAUGGCAGAAUCACUGUCAUGUUCAACGCGUUUCAUGGACCACCCAGGAUUCUGAGAAUAUUUGGAAAAGGCAAUGUUCUGGAAUACGGCACGCGCGAGUUCAACGAUAUCGUCUCAUCCCAAAACAUAAACAUCAUCCCCGGCACGCGGUCCAUCAUCCUAGUCGACAUCGACCAGGUCGGCACGUCGUGCGGCUUCUCCAUGCCGUGCUACGACUUUGUCGGCUUCCGGUCGACGCUGAACGACUUUUUCGAGAAGAAAGUCGCCGACGAGAAGGCCGGGAAGAGGAAAACUGGUAUUGAAGUAUAUUGGGCCCAUAAAAACGCUUGCAGUAUGGACGGCCUUCCUGGUCUCCAACGAGGCGUCAAGACCGGUAUCACCGAGAAAGUCACGCCAAUUAAGAAGAUGGUCGGACCGACUGCGCCGGUGAAAGGACCGCGGAGGCCACGGCAGGCGUUUACGGUCGGACACCUGAUCCUGGUGGCUAUAUUGAGUUUUCUGAGCACGGCUGUUGUGAUUUUGUUUCUGUUGAAAUUGGGCGUGGGCGGGUAUAGACUGAACAGGGCCUUGGCCUGA